UUUACACGAGAGGGGACCAUCAUUUAUCAUUCUAUUAUUAUUUUGAUAAUUUUGUCGAAAAAUUCACUUUAGAAGUGAAAAUUGUGUAAUAUUAAUCAUAUAAACAAGCAGCUUAGCGCUGUUUAUUAGCAAUGGACAUAGUUGUCAUAAUUGAACUUCUGUUUUCAAAACCUUCAGUAUAACCCUAAAUAUGUUCAAUUAUGAUGCAAAUGUGUUGCGCAUUCAGGUUAUGCAUUUGAUUCGAUAAAACCAAAUGAUGUUCAUGCUUAAUUUGAAAUUUCAUGCUUCAUAAGAUACUCAUAUUUGUGACUCGAUUCAGUGUUUUUGUAAUCUGGGGUAUUAGGACCUAGGUUUUAUUAUUAGGAAAACUAACUUAAUGUACAUAUUCAGAAACAACACAAUAUCUAACCCAACAACCGGGUACAAUUUGUAGUUUGAGAUGUGCUGGUUCAUUUUAUCAUUUCGAGAUAUAAGUAGACAGGAAGGAAAGAGCAUUUUGAAGACUAUGACUAAAGUAUCAAAAAGUCAGAACACAACUAUCAGAUGAAAUAAAUUGAGUACUUGGGUGCAGUAAUGAUAUUACUGGCACAUUGAAAAGCUGACCCACAAUAUCUUCGGUCAUACUGCAGCAUUAUAUCACUGAAAUUUAUUGGAGUAUUGACCAUUAAGGGAAUAGUGAUUGCUGUCUUCAAAUUAGAACCUGUGUAGCCACUUUGAAUGUAUAAUUAUGAUUACUGUUUUAUAUGACUGAUAGAUGAUGGCAGUUCAAAAAAAUUUUCUUUUCAUUUUUACACAGGAAGAUAGCAGACCCUUUUGAACAUCACUUGUAAUAAAGAAAUUACUACAGGGUCUUAUGGAAAGUUUUGAUGAAGUCACCGUCACAAAGCUGCAUAUGGUUUGCGUGUUCCUCAUAAUUUAUUCUGUCGUUGCUGCUUUUCCAAUGUAACUGGUUGAAAAUUAUGACUACACCACCAGAAACUGAUUCAACUUCAACCCUUAAAAUAACCGACCCAACAGAUAAUCUAAUCGAGGAUAUAAAUUUGCCUAACAAUAAUGAAGUAGCCGAAAAUGAAAAAGUUGACAAUAAAUUGAUGGAUCCAAAUCAACAAUUCCCAGAUAAUCUAUUCAAUGAACAACAAACGAUUAGUAGUACUGAAGAAGUAUCAUUGAAUGAAAUCAAUGAUCCAGCGAUAAGACAACAAUUUCGUGAAUUAGAUCCACUAUAUUUACCAGAUGCUUAUGAGAAAUUACCUGAAACCUUUGAAACAUUCACAUUUCCUAAUUCAUAUAAAGAAAAUACCUUAAAAGAAUCACGUUUAUUAGAAUAUUGUGAAAAUUUUUCUCGACAAUAUGAACAUCUUUGUCCAGAUAGGACAAAAUUAUUACUAAUACCUAAAAAUGAAUGUGGUAUACGUAAAUUUGUAUGUACCACACUCACGGUAACACGUUUACCCUAUCCAGAAUUAUAUACAUGGGAGGGGACAGCUAAAUUUGUUGCUGAUUUUCUUAAUUUUGUUCCACUUAUUCCAUCGACUGAGUUACCAAAACGUCUUCUAAGUCCAAUGACAACAAUUCAAUUGCAGAAAGGUACUUGUUUUGAAUAUGCAAUGCUUUUAUGCUCUUUGCUUCUAGCUGUUGGCUAUGAUGCCUAUGUAGUGAGUGGUUAUGCCACUAGAGAAUGUUGUUAUAUGGAUGAAACACGUGAAACCUGUCCAUAUUUAAUAGAAGAAGAAGUUGAGGAGGUUGAAGAGGAAGAACCAGAGCCGAAACGUUAUAUAAUUAAACCAGCUAAAGAUUUAACCUCAAAAUAUGAACAAGCAAUGGCAGCAAAAGAUUUACAAACUGAAAUUGAACGCAAUAAACAAGCGAAAAAAGAUGCAGAAUUAAGUGAAGCAGAGUUGUAUAAACCCAGUGAAGAUCCAUUGUAUGGUCUUAGAAUACAUGCGUGGAUUUUAAUUCUCCCUGGGAAACGUGAUGUCUCUGAAGGAUUUUUUAUUGAAGCACUGACUGGUCAAGCGAAACCAUUAGAUUGUUCAAUGUAUUUAGGCAUAGAAAGUUUAUGGAAUCAUCAAAAUUAUUGGGUUAAUAUGCAAGAUUGUUCUAAUGGUAUCACCCAUUUGAAAUAUAAUCUUUCUGAUGGUAUAUGCUGGGAAUAUUUAUUGCCAAGUGGUAGUUUAAAUAUCAAAUUUGAUACAAUUCAACCCUUAGGUAUACCACAUUUACAAUCGAAUGAAAUGCCACAAUCCUAUCAUAUUGAAAAUGUUCAAUCCACAUUGAAUUUUAAUGCAAUACAGCGGGAAAGUCAAACACGUAUUAGUAAUGAACCGUUGUUAAUUCUACCAAAUUCAAUUCAUAAAUUAAAAAGUACAAAGCAUACAAAUACAAGUAUUAAUUCUAGUGAGAAUAACAAUAGUAAUGAUGGUGAGUAUUUAAAUGAUAAUAUUUUACAAAAAUUACAUAAAAAUUUUCAAAUGAAACCAUUAGCUUGUCUAGAAGAUAAACUGUUGUUGUAUGAUUUACCGCCAACAUGGACGUUACCAAUAGUGAUUGAUCAAGAAUUAUUUGAAUUACGUUAUCCAAAAGGUUUUAAAAAAAAGCAAUAUAAAUAUUCUUUAGUUGAAAAUUUUGCUCCAUUUUCACAAUAUGAUGGUUUGAUACUUCGAUUAACAAUUUAUCAAGAUAGAGAAUUAACAAACCCUAUAGAAAUAAGAGAAACUUACGCUAAUCGUGCUGACAAACUAAUUAGUCGUACAAUACAAAUAAAAACAAAUUGGAUUGUUGAAAAAUUUGAUCAUGGACGUAAUAGUAGUCAUCUGGCUGAACAUGGUUACUAUAGAAGUCAACAGUCCUUGCAUACAACACGUUAUAUGCUAUUUUAUAAUGAAGCAAGAGUGGAUUGUUUAGAGAAGCGUGAACAAACACCGACAACAAUGAUUGAACACUAUAAAAAUCGUGAGGAUCGUUUAUUUUAUCGUGAAGUUAUUUAUAGUGCUAAAAUGAAACGUUUUGGUCCAGCACCACCACCCCCACAACCCCAAAAUAAAGAAAAUACUCAUUCAUUAACGUUGACAACAGUGAACCAAUUGAAUAUUGAUAAAAUAUUAGAAAGAUUUACGCGAAAUCCUGAGGUGGACGCUGAUGAAGAUGUUUCGGAGAUAAUAUUUAAUAUCAUUGAAGAUCGUAUAUUUCUUACUUAUCAUAUUGGUAAAGAACGUAUUAUCCCGUCUACACGAGAAUUUAUUAAACCUCCACCAUCGGAUGAUAGAAGAGAUACUGUGCAACUCUAUUGUGAUACACAUACAACUUUUCAGGUUGAUUUAUUUGCAAAGCCUAAAACACAAGUAGAAAUUUAUAAUAUGCUUGUAAAUCUAUUAGCUGAAGAAGAGAAAUCUAAAGAAUUGGUACGUAAAUCAGAAAAUGAAAUCAGUAAAAUAUUGAAUGAACGUUUAACCGAAGAGUUACAAAUCACACUCACUAUCGAUUUAUUCGAUACAUUACGUAAUCUGGAAGCACAAGAAUUACGUAUUGAAUUGGAGCGAAUUGCCGAGAAUGAACGUAAUCGUUGUAAAGAAAUUGAGCUGGAUUAUUUAGAACCAUUCCUUGCACAAAUUGAAAUAGCUGAUAAUAAAUUAACACGUGAACAAGCAUUUGCUUUGCGUGAAGAAUGCCUACUGGAUUGUAAGCAACGUUUAAUUACAAAAGCGAAUAUUAUACAGGCAAGAUUUGAAAAAGAAACAGAAUCCUUGCAGAAGAAACAACAAUGGUAUCAUUUGAAUCAGAUAAAUUUGAGUAAAGAAGAUGAACAGGAGUAUUUACAGUAUUGUAAAGAUGCAACGUUUAAGAUUACCACAUUGGAGUCAAUGCUGGCUUGGCAUAAACGUACAGCACCUCAACGAUAUAUGGCAUUAGAGAAACGGUUGAGAUCAGAUCCUCGUUUACGUGAAUUUCUUCAGACAAAUUAGAUUAUUGGUUUCAUUGUAUGGUGUCUUUCUUUUUUUUUGGUUGUUACUUAUUGUAUAGUAUAUACACUAUAUAUAACUAACUUUAUAAAACUCAG